ACAUGUGUACCCUUCAUAAAAUCAACUACCCGAUCAGAAACACUUUUCACAUUGAGCUACAAAGAAUGCAAGCUUUCAGCUGUAUCUACACUGCCCACAGACUGUCCAGAAACUAGAAAAAGCCUCGACGGAACUGUUUACAUUUCUACUUGAAAAAUGCUUUGGAUUAUCGAAGUUUUCAGUUUUUUAAGUUUAAGGGAAAGCCCUCUCUAUCUACAUAUAUGCCUCUACAAAUUAUUAUUUAUUAUUAACCGUGUUUAUUUUAACGCGUAUAAACAUAUACGAUUAAGAUGCAUCGACAACUUUUUCAUAAGCGCCCAUAAAACUUGACGCUUGGUCUUCCAUAAAAAUUUUAAGUAUAGAUACGUAUACGCGUCAAAGGAAACAUGGCUAUUGAUUACUCAAUUUAAUAUAGAGUACAUACCUAUUUAAAAUUAGAUAUGUGUAAUAUACAUUGUUUACAUUUUUUUCUCAUAAACUUCUACAGAGUUAAACUAGCUGAAGCUAGAAGAGUGAAACAAUUGAUCGGUUUAUACAAGGGCGACAGCGAUGCAUUGAGUAGCAAGAGUAGAGCCAACGUUCCUGUAUACAAACUAGUCUACUCGCCUACAAACCCUUUUCUGGAAGCUAUAAUUACAGAGGCCGCUGAAAGUUUGAAUCUUAAAGGUUAUGAAAGCUUUCCCAAUGCUGCAGCUUUGGAACUCGAAUUAACCACCAGUAACUAUUUGGCAGGCGUUCAAUUUGAUGAUUCGCUGAUUAAUAUCACUGAAUAUCCGCGUAAGUUUGCGUUUUCGUUACGUUUCCCAAGUGAACUUCGUACCGCCACACGCACUUUGGGUUGGACAUGGCUAACUUCAAAAUUAUUUCCGCUUAUCGAUAUACCUGGCCCACGAAAUUCCGAAGAAGAUGACGGCGGUUUGCCGGUGGGUUACUUGAGAGAGGGCUUUCUGCCCGUACAACAGGCGCUGUCGAUGGCGUACUUGAAGUUGGCUGGUAAUAAAGACGAUUUGCCAUAUGUCGAAAUGCAACGAUAUCCCUAUCCGGAGUAUAUUAGCGACCCGCUAAUUGAGGCAUUGGAAACAAUUUUGUCUUUGAUAGUGGUGUUGAGCUUCAUAUAUCCGUGCACGUCAAUAACUAAGGUGAGUAGAUACCAACUGUUUAGAUAUAUGUAUGUACAUAUCGUCGCUGCGCC